AUGGCAAAGAAGAGGAAGGCUGGUGGUGGCGCAUCGCGCGCGCCGAAAGCGCCGAAAGAGGAGGAUUCCAGAAUGCGGAUUAAUACGUUCGAAGAUGUCGCGGAUUCGGAGGACGAGUUCCAUAUGAAUCGCGACAAGAUACUGCUGGAUGAAGGCCCGGCCGCUAAGAGGAUCAGGAAGUAUCAAGAAGAGGACAAAUUCUUACAGCCCUCCGACGAAGAAGUACUCGAUGCCGGCAGCGACGAUGACGAGGAUGAAGACGACUUCGACGACGAAGAUGCCGGUGAUGAAUCAGAAGAUGAUAUCACGGGGCAGCGCAAACCAGUCGAGGAAGAAGAUGAAGAAGACGUGGGUGGAUGGGGCGCCUCGAAGAAGGACUACUACGACGCCGAUGCAAUAGAGACGGAGCAAGACGCGUUAGACGAGGAAGCAGAGGCACGGCGCAUACAAAAGAAGCAGCUGCAAGGCAUGACGGAGGCAGACUUCGGCUUCGACGAGGAUGAAUGGCUCGCGCAGGAUGGCGAAAAGGAUGCAGAAGGUGGCGCGGUGGUAACGGAGGUCCUACCCCAGCUCCAAAUCACUGACAGCAUGCCUGAGGAGGAGAGGAUGAAGAUCAUGCGGACACGAUACCCCGAGUUCGAGCACAUUUCGAAAGAAUACCUCAGACUACAUCCGCUACACGAAGAAUUGGCGGCUGCUGCGAAUGCCGCCGAAAGAGUACUGAAGGCGCAAGUUGCGAAGUCAGGGAAGACAGGCAAAACCCCACCAACACCAAAGGCGGUUACGAAAUACAGAGCUUGCGCCGCCUAUCUUGCAGCGAUGGCCAUGUACUUUGCUGUGCUCGGAUCAACUGCGACAGAGGAUGGAUCACCAGUCAUUGCAAUGGAUCCUGCUGAGCUACACGAGCACCCCGUCAUGGAGACCCUGCUGAAGUGCCAAAUGGUGUGGACGAGGAUAGAGAAUCUACCCGUUGCGGAUCCAAUGGUUGAAGCUGAAGAUGAUGAAGACGAUUCAGCCAUGGAGGAAGCAGGCGCCGAGGAACUUGGAAACGACCUGGCCGUGAAGAAGCCUACCAAGCAGAAGAAGACCCGGGCGGAACGAGCAGCAGAGCUAGCUCAAGCAGAAGCAGCAGCCCGGCGCGCCGCAAAACUCGCAAAGACCGAACAAGACCUCGCAUCACUCGAUACCCUCACCGACAAAGCUGCACUCAAGAAAGCAGCCCGCAAGAAGAAGGCCGCAGAACCCAAGCUCAACCUCCUCAACGCAGACGACUCAGACUUUGGCGAAGAAACCGAACUCACCGCUCACGAAGCCGCCGAGAAAGCAAAGAAGAAGAAAUCCCUCCGCUUUUACACAUCGCAAAUCGCUCAAAAGGCAAACAAGCGCGACGCAGCUGGAAAGGGUGGUGGCGGCGAUGCCGAUAUCCCGCAUCGCGAGCGUCUCAAGGACCGACAAGCGCGUCUGCAAGCCGAAGCCGAGAAGAGAGGUCAACACAAGGAUGCCGGUCCUGGUGUCGCUCUAGGCGAAGACGAUGGCGCUUCCUCUGCCGACGAAGCGCCUGCCACCAAGCGCGACGACUUUGAGGACGAAGACGGUUACUAUGACAUGAUCGCUGCGCGAUCCAACGACAAAAAGCAGACUAAGCUCGAACGCGCAGAAGCUUAUGCCCUCGCCAAGAAAGAAGGUGCUCAGGUUGUCGAAGAAGAAGUCAUUGGUGAUGAUGGUCGUCGCAUGAUUUCCUACCAGAUUCAGAAGAACAAGGGAUUGACGCCCCACCGCAAGAAGAGCGUGAGGAACCCGCGUGUAAAGAAGAAGGAGAAGUACAAGGAGAAGAUGAAGAAGCAGAAGAGUAUGAAGCAAGUCUUCGACAAGGGCGCUGCUGCUAAGGGCAGUGCGAACUAUGGGGGUGAACUCACGGGUAUCAAGUCUGGAUUGGUACGGAGUCGGAAGUUGUAA